AUGCCCACCUCGUCAUACAGGGUCGAUCAAGUGGGCAGCAAGGGCCGAGUACUUGUCAAGUGGGACGUGGACAGCGAGUCGAAGGACUGCCGCGCCAUAUUCAAGGUGAUCUUGAAGAAGCUCACCGAGAAGUCCGACCACAGCGACGAGUACAACAGCAUCGAGAAGUUUGACCUCGGGCCCGCAAUCAAGUCCCAGGCCGGCGUCAAGGACCGCUCGUACGCUUUUUCCGAUGUGCCUUCGGGCGCACCCGUCACUUUCGAGGUGCAGGCAACCAGCGCCGGCAGCAAGAAGGGGGCGUCGUCCAAGCCGGCGCGGUCGGCGCCGUUCACGGUCAAGCGGGGCUGCAGCGAGGCGGCGGCGCCGGUCGCGCCCGAGAGUGUGUCGUUCCACUCACUGGAUGGCUCCGACAAGAUCAUGCUGAGCUGGUCGGCGCCCCCGAACGAUGACUCCGCGCCCUGCGUCGCCGGCUUCGAGGUGCAGGCCUCGUACCAGCCGAGCGGCGAGGUCUGGGCCAGCACGCGCGUCGCGGCGCAGGACUCGUUCGCUGAUUACACCCAGGUGGCUUUUCCGUACCGCCCCAGGCUCGCGACGGACACGCUGUACUUCACAAUCACGGGGAAGAACGGCGAGAAGUCGGGCAAGCCCGCCAAGCUGGCGCUCAGGCUCGUGCCCGACCGGCUGAGCGGGGGGAAGGGCGGGGGCGGGGGCGCCGGCAAGGCGCCGCUGCUGGAGUCGUGCGUGCAGAAGGCGAUGCAGGGGGCACCUCAACUGGAGAUCCAGCGGGCCGAGCAGGCUGACGCUAUAGCGGUCACCAUCAAGCGCCCCACAGACUCCGACGACGGCGUGUGCGUGACAUCAUUUGACCUGACGGUCCUGGACGCGUCCAGUGGCGCCCGCCUGGCUUCCGCAGCCCUCAACACGUCGCACCCCCUAGAGGACGCCACGUCCGCGCAGCUGCCCGCCGGCUCCCCGGUGGCUUCCGCGCUGCUGGGCGGCCAGCCGGUGACGAUUGAGCUGGCGGCGAGGGCUGACGAUCUGAAGGGCGCGCCGCUCCGCCUGGAACGCGUCAAGCUGCAGGGCGCCGCCGGCGCCGGCGCCGGUGCUGGCGCGCGGUGGCUGUGCGGCACGGACGGCUCCGUCGCGCCGCAGAACGCGCUGCUGACUGCGACCGGCGGCCAGCUGGGGUUCACCUGGGAGUGGCCGCAGGGUGACGACGACCAGAUGCCCGCCUGCCUGUCUUCCGCGUCGGCACAAAUCCUGGAUGCUGACAGCCGCCAGCCGGUCGCGGAGUGCGCCGCGGCGCUGACGCAGGCGACGGCCGGGCGCCCGGUCGCGCGCGAGCGCGGGGACGGCAGCUGCACGGGCACCGUCAGCAGCGGCGAGAGCAAGGUGGUGCGGCUGGUGAGGACGCCGGCAGGGGCAGCGGCGUGCUACGACGAUGUCAAGCCGGGGAGGGUGGAGAUCACAAAGGUUGUCAGGCCGGCGCUGACCGGGCCCAAGCUGCUGGUGCCGCAAGACGUCGCAGUGACGUGGCGCAGCUACUGGGACCGCCCCUGCGACCGCGGCUGCGAGGAUGCGUACAACGUCACGCUGGUGUCCGCUGCGGGCAAGGUGCUCAACUCCACAAUUGUGCGCCCCGACGACCCCUCCAACGCCACCGCCACGCACACCGCGGUCUUUUCGGGCCUCGUCGGCGGCGAGCGGUUCCACCUGAGGGUGGCGGCGCAGAACGGCAAGUUGGAGGGGCCCAGCUCGGCAACGGACAACAUCCGUGUGCCGUUCAUCACGAGCGCGUCUUCAAACAGGGAGCUCAUCCUCGCCGAACUCAGGCGCGACUGCCGCGGGGUCCCGGUCUUCGCGUACGCGUUCAGGGAUAGGGCAGACAUGGUAAAGAUCACGUGGCGGAGGAGCGGCGUAGAGAGCGAUUUCGCGGGCAAGGACCCGCUGACGUGCUCUAUGCCGCUGGUCACAGCCCCCCCAAGCAACAGCAGCGGCGACAGCGACACAAGCAGCUGA